AUGGCACAAAUGUUUCCGUCUGUUGGAUGCAGUAUAUAUCCUCGGCUUGCACAAGUUGGACUGGUUCAGAGGGUUGUGGUCAGAGGAAGACGUCGAACCUUAGUCUCACCACCAUGGGUUUGCCGCAAAUUCAGUCCGGCAGGAAGUUUGCUGUCGCGAAGUCAAAGGUAAUACCUAAACUAUAUUGCUUUUGUAUUUUUAGAGCUUAUUUGGGAAAGAUUAUUAAAGGUGAGGAGUUGCUCGAAGAGCCUAAAGUGUUAUAUCCACGAAAAACACCGUCAGACUUGGCGAGAGAUCCACCCGAGAAUCAAGAAUGGACUUCAGACAGUAAACGGGUAGGAAUGGUGGCUACGAAAAUUGGAAUGGCUCCGCAAUGGUAUGCUUUAUAUGACUGCAAUUUAAUUUUUAGUUUAGUUUACAUAUUAAAUGGCGGCUUUUAUUGGUUUGUGUAAUUCAGGUUAAAUGACGGUACCAGAAUCCUUUGUACUCUUCUUCAUUUCAAACAGAAUCAUGUUAUUUCUGCUGUUGACCCCGAAACAUGGUUUCGACAAACGUCUGUGGGAAAACGAAAGGCUUUUGGAAGAUUUGGCCCAAUGUGGAAGGUAAAUAUUUUUCUUUAGAUGUUUUGUUAAUUUUAUAUAUUAAAAACGACUUGACGAUUAAUGUUUUAGGUAACAGUUGGAGCUAUUGAUCGAGAUCCUGCCUUUUUAUCUUUUCCGUUCAGGCGUAUCUUUGAGAAGACUGGAGUACCAUGUAAAGACAGGUUAGCAUCUUUCCUGGUAUCAGAAGAUGCAGUUGUAAAACCUGGCACUCUACUUGAUGUACGGCAUUUCAAAGUUGGCCAGUUUGUGAAUGUAACAGGAAAGACAAUUGACUGGGGUUUCCAGGGAGUAAUGCACAGAUGGGGAAUGAAAGGACAGCCAAAAUAUCAUACUACAAAGUCGCACAGAAGAGUUGGUAGUAUUGGUUCUACUGGAGAUGCUAGAGUAUGGCCUGGAAGAAGAUUGCCUGGUCAUAUGGGUUACGAAUGGAGGUCGACCACCGGCUUGGAAGUUCUGAGGAUCAAUCCGAUUACCCAAGUUAUGUACAUCAGGGGUUGUGUUUCUGGAGAUAUCGGAGAGCGUUUGUUAGUAAAUGACAGUUGGAAUGAAAAGAAGACUGUCCAUGAACCACCGUUCCCAACUUAUAUCCCAGAAGAAGGAGACGACACGGCAUUGUACAAUAGUUUUGCACAAGUACCUAUUGGCGAGAUUACGUCCAAGGACAUCUACAGUGAGAAGUUGUUCCAGUUCAGUAGCCCGACCAUCGUAUUUACCGAAGAGCACGAAACCAAGAGUGCGGCCAGAGAAAAGGGCCGAGCUAAGAUCGCCAAGGUUAAGAAGUAGAUUGUUGUUAUGUUUUGUUAUUUGUUUUCAAUAAAUUAGGGUUGUUCCAGCGGUCUUGGAUGAUUUCAUUGGUAAGAUGCCUGUUUAAUUACCUUUUUAAUGCUUUCUUGAUUAAUUAAUAGUUUAGAUGGCUCGAAAACCGGUUUCAGCAGCCAGGUUGCCGACCACGGUGUUGUUGCCGGUCUUCAAGAAUCUCAGUCUAAAAGAUUUAAGUGCCUGUCUCAGGGUUUGUCGCCAAUGGAACACAAUUAUAGAGACAGCGGUAGGCUAGAUAACUUUAAAAAGAGGAGUUUAAGGUUGUUCAAAGAUAUUGAUUGCAAAUAAAAUUAAGUUUAAGACCAUCUGGUUUACAGGACAGGGAACUUUGGUAUCCGUUGGCUUUGUCUGAGAUUCCAGAAGCCGGAUUGAAUGAUUCUGACUUGUUUCCACGGGGAACUUCUUUUAAACAUCGUUUGAGAGCCUUCAGAUUUGCUUGGAAUCCACAAGACUCUUCAAGGUAACAACAGUAUGCUUUAAAGCUGACAACUUUUUUCAGAAAUAAUUUCUUGAGAACCAAUGGCUUUACUGUACAUAGACAACCAAUAGCUCAGAGCACGGAUGCUAUUAGGGGGAAGAUUGGAGUGUCAACUGGGGUACAUGCCUACAACAUCACGUGGAAGGGACCUUUGGGAACUGUGGCUGUUGUUGGAGUGGCUACUAAGUCAGUUUUCUACUUUUUGUAUUUAAAAUGUGCCAAGUUUUUAUUAUGUACAUUGAACACGAUUUCAGACACGCAGCUUUACACUGCCCAGGCUACGUAGCGCUACUGGGAAGUGACGACCAGAGCUGGGGCUGGAACCUGGUGGACAACACGUUGCUGUACAACGGCAACUGUGUCGGGUCUUACCCACGCCUCAACAAUCCACCCAAGUAUCAGGUGGGGGAGAAGAUCACGAUGAUCCUGGACCGUGAAACAGAAACCCUCUUCUUCGAGAAGAACGGCGAAUUCUUCGGAAUCGCUUUUGAGAACAUUCCGCCCGUCAAACUGUUCCCGGCCAUUUGUGCUGUUUAUGGGAAUACCGAAGUUUCGAUGGCUUACGCUGGAACGCCACUCGCCGGCUGA